AUGGAAGGAGGGAAUGCAAUGGAUGCUGCAAUUGCAUCUACGAUAUGCAUCGGCAUAAUAAACUCCUUCUCGUCAGGAAUCGGAGGUGGGGGGUUUAUGCUUAUCAAGGGCCCAGGCACAAACGGAGUGCUUGAUAUGAUAGAUUUUAGAGAAACGGCACCAAGGAAUCUCUCAGAUAGUGGGCUCAGUGGAAUGGGAGGAGCAAAUGAAAAAGGAUUGAAAGUAGGUGUUCCUGGGGAGAUCCUUGGGUUAUAUGAAGCACACAAAAAGUAUGGGAAGCUCCCGUGGAGAGAACUGUUUCGAGAGAACAUAAUGAUUGCUAGGGGGUUCCCUGCUAGUAAUCUGCUUGUAAAGAAAAUUAACAAGCUUAAGAGUUACAUAACGAGCGAUCCAGGGCUAAGAGACAUCUAUACAAGAAAUGGAGUACUUCUCAAGGAAGGAGAUAUUGUUGCAAGGGAAAAUUAUGCCAAGACAUUAGAGAUUAUAAUGAGGCAUCCCGAAAGCUUCUAUACCGGUAGUCUUGCAGACCUGAUUGUUAAGGCUGUCAGAAAAAAAGGAGGAUUGAUAGACAAAAGAGAUCUGGAAGAAUACAAAGUAAUUCAUAGGGAUGUCAUAGAAGGAAGGUAUCAUGAUUACAAGGUAUACACCACAAACCUUCCAACCAGUGGGCCAUUGGUUCUGAAGGCUUUGAAUAUAUUUGAAAAGUAUGAUCUGAAGAAGCUAAAGGCAGAUAGUUUAAGAAAUGGAAACUUCAACCAUAUGCAUCUGCUUAUUGAGGUCUUCAAGUUUGCCAUGGCAAGAAGAGGAGAGUUGGGAGAUCCCGCAUUUCUUCCAGGAUGGGAAGAGAUAGUCAAAGAAAUAAUCUCUAAGAAAAGUGCAGAAGAGGCUUACAGAAAGAUAAAUCUAGGAAAGGUCUUAGACAUAAAAGAAUAUGGAAUGAAAACAAAAGGAACUGAGGACCACGGAACAACACACAUCAACGUUAUAGACAAGGACAACAUGGUAGUGCUUCUUACAAGCUCAAUUAAUCUCGAGUUUGGGGCAAAGUUCAUGGAUCCUGAAACAGGGGUAGUAUUCAAUGAUACAAUAGAUGACUUCCAUAUUUCACACGCAAGGGAUGUUCAUAGCAAGCAUCCAAACAAUGUAGAAGGAGGCAAAAGGUCCUUUUCUUCAAUGUCCCCAAUCCUCCUGCUUAAGGAGGAUGAGAUACUUGCUAUAGGUGCUGCCGGAGGAAUAAGGAUCCCCACAUCUGUUAUUUCCACUAUAUUCCAUCUAGGAACCGGAGAGAACCUCAGAGAGGCGAUAAUAGAAACAAGAAUCCAUAACCAGCUAUCUCCAAAUAUAACGUUUGUGGAACAUAAUAUACCGAAGGCCCUUGAAAGGUAUCUUAUCAGCAUUGGACACAGGAUAGAAAAAUCGCUUCAGAAUACCAUUUUCACUUCUGUCCAGGGUAUUUUCCUCAAGAGUGUUGGAGGGAAUAGAAUCAUCCAGGCUGUAUCAGAUCCCAGGAAAGAAGGUGAAGCCUUUGGAUAUUAA